UCCUUCCCCUCCUCCCCUCCUCCAUUCCCUUCACGCAAGCUUUCUUCCACUCGCACCAUCCCGCCGUCAUUGACAUUCAAGCGCUAACCCCCCUCACCCUUAUCCAUACUAUCCCAGGGCCCGUCUUUGGAAGGGCGUGUUUCGAGAUUGGGCUUUCCAAUCAGAAGCUAGGGACGAACCCUUUCUGUUGAUAACGUGCAGCGUUGUCGCCGGCAAGUUCGAUGUGUGUUGGCCCACCCCAUCCCCUGCUAAACCGUUAUUCUCUCUGCAUAGCAUAUCAUAAAAUAACCGGCCCACCCCUCCCUCACAUCCAUCCCUAAACAAGAUUAUGCUCCACCGUAUCGUUGUGUUCUAUCCGGUGCCCUGCUGCCCCUUCCCUCUUUUUCGUUUUUCACCCCGCAGUUCUGAGCCCAUGCCGGGACAACCAAAACCCACAUCCCAUCCAUCCAUCUCAAUGCCUUUGUCGACGUGGUUCGACCUGCACGCGUUUGUUUGACUGACCGCCACUUGCAUUAGUUUCGCUCAUCGUAUCUUUAACAUCCCCUAUCUCAUCACGCUAGCCGGUUGCUACUGCUUCCCUACAAAAAGCCUCAUCCCUAAUUCCCCUCGCAACAAACGGUUCUUCAAACUUCUCUCCCCCCCCUUUUUUUUCUUUUCACCUCAGUGAACCUUUAAUCACUGCUCCACAGCAAAUAUGUCAGAUUCUCCUGAAGAGGUGCUAGCCCCAACUUCUCCUCAGAGCUUGGCUAUCACUCUUAUGGUGGGGGAGACGUCUUCUGCAGCAGAUCAUGACCCGAUUAAGGAGACCCAUCGGGAAGAGCAAAAGGAGGCAGUCAAGAAACCUUCUGUGACGGGAACGGCUAGGCGUCCUGCCGGAGCUGGAUCGAGCGCUACUGCUCCAGCCUCUGGCCUCCCGCCGCGGAGGACUGGGACUAGUUUAUCAAAGCCUCCUCAGAGAUCUACCGCCGGAACCAAUGGGGCCACCGGCACUGCCAGCAAUGCGGCAACACGUAGAACCGUUUCCGGAUCAGCUAGCAGUACUGCGAACAACCCCCCAACUGUUGGCUCGCGGGGGGCCACAAUAUCUGGUAUUUCCAGGAGGACAUCGACAAUUGCUUCCCCAGCCGCAAAUACUCCUCGCUCGCCCGAGAAGAAGGGGAUGCCACCUAGCUCGAGCAGUUCAACUAGUCCUACCGCUGAUCGCCGGACCGCCGCCGGAAGCACCGCAGGUGCCGCUGGUAAUGUGAGAAGAGCCGCUACUUCUACAACAACACCCACAGCAUCUACACACCGGUCACGUCCUUCGAUGUCUAAUACCGUAACUGCCGGGCGCCCUUCGGCUGCUUCCAAUGCCCGGGAAAAUGCCGUCUCACCUAGGCCUCCGUCUGCCGCGGGACGACUUAUCCCCGCGACUGCAAGAGGCGCCCCUAGAACCUCCAGUCUUUCUUCUCGGCCUAGCACUUCGACUUUACGUUCCAGAACCAUGGGACCUAGUGGGCCUGUUAGCGCAUCGAGCGCUAAUUCUUCGAAGGAGUUGGAAGCGCUGAAAGUCAAGGUGUCUGGCUUAGAGGAGAAGAACAAGGAGCUCUCGGAGAAACUUUCCAAAGCAGGUAGCCACUCCGCCACUAAUGGCGAUGCUAAAACAGCCACCGAAGAGUUGGAGUCCGAGCUAGCGGAUCUCAAAGCAAGGAUUACUACCAUUCAGGAAGCGGUAUGGUUUUUAUCACGUAUAUUAGAUCAUGAUAUAUCUGAGGCUAACAAAUCACACAGAACGAGAAGCUACAGACUCAAUGUAAAGAUGCUGAAACGAAGUGUGAAACCUUCGCAGCCCUGGUUGAGGAAUCUGCGGCAACGAUGAGGGAUACAAACGAUAAGAUUAUUGCCAGGCAUGCAGAAGAGCGCAAGGCUCUCGAAGGUGGCUUUGAUGCAAAAGAAAAGGACCUACUCGCGCAGAUUAAUGCCCUGAAAGCUUCCUUUGAGUCUCUAGAAGCACGUCACGCUGAAGAGGUAUCCAAUAACACUUCCUUGGCUGAAAAGGUAUUUCUGUCUUUGGUACGAUGGUGUGACCAAAAACUAAUUUCGUGAAAGGCUGCGGCUGAAACCGACGAUCUCCAGAAGGCUAUUGAAGCUCGGGAGGCGGCGUAUAAUAAGGCGGUCGAAGCUCUCAAUGCUGCCCUUGUAGCCGAGAAGGAAGCCAAUAGCCGAAGCUCUAUUGAUGCGGAAGGCCUUGUCAAGGAGCUUACCGAAGAGAUUUCUGCGUUAAAGAAACGAAUUGAGGAUGAAGACGAGGUUUCUAAGGGUGUCGCCGAAAAGAACUUGGAGGCACUCGAGUCUCGCCAGAAGGAGAUUGACGGGCUCAGUAAUGUUAUCAAGCUCCUGCAAGAAGAAUUGGAGAGUGUGAUGCUUGAAAACAAGGCUGGGGAGCAAAAGGCCAUCCAAGAACUCCAAGAGAAACACGCAGCGGAAUUAGAGGCAGUUGAUGCCGAGAAAACGGCGGCCGAGGAGGCCAAGGUCAAACUUGAGAAGCUUAUUCAAGAGCACCGAGAGCAACUAGAAAAGAGCUCCGAGACUUUGUCUACCCAGCUUCAAGAAGCUAAAUCUUCAGCUAAGGAAUUGGAGAAGGAUCUACUACUAAAGAUUGAGGCUACUAAGUUGGAGGGUGCUAAAGCUUUGGAGACUGCUCAGGAAAAAGCUGCUGAGGAGAUCGAAGCUGUCAGGCAGGAGAGUGAAUCUCAGCAGAAGCAGCUUGAAUUGACCAUUGAAGCCCUAGAGAAGGAAGCUUCUGGCAGCGCCGAGAGCAAAGACAAAGAAUGGGAAAACAAAAUUGACCAGUUGACAAAGUCAAACCAGGACCAAGUCAGCAGUUUGACAGCCCAGUUGGAUACUGCGAGAGAGGAGAUCCAAGGAGCCUUACGGAAGUUGGAACUAGUUGAGCAUCAUUCUGCAGGCGAGAUCAAGUCGGCACAAGAGCAAAGCAAGGAAGAAGUCACCACCCUACAGAACACUUUGGGGGCCUUGGAUAAGGAACUAGCGGUUUGUUCCAUAUGUGCUCACAUUUGUUUUUUUGCUCACGAGAUUUAUUGCAGGACAAGGAGGAUCAACUGGCAAAAUUCAGGGUAGAUCUCGAAAGGGCUGUUAAGGAUAUUGCAGACAGCGCUGAGGUCAGUAGCAAUUGCCCUCCGCAUAGGAGUCGAGUCGCUAAUAUUCGUAUAGAGGGGUUCUAAGCUUGAGGAAACCCAUAAGGCUGCCCUUGAUUCCCAACGCGCUGAACACGUUACAGAAAUCGAGAAAAUGAGGGCCGAACUCACUUCUAGUAACGAGGGAAAGUACACUCUGCUUUCUGACAAGCACGAAGCGCUUGUUGCCGAACUAGAUUCAACCAGAGAGGCACAUAACGUCGAGAUACUUCGUAUGGCUGGGGAGCUUAAAAAGGCAGAAGAAAGCAUAUCACAGUUAUUGCAGAGUCACAGCUCUACCAUCUCUUCGCUGGAGGAUAAGUGUGCAAUUGAGAAAGCCUCCCGAGUGGAGCUACAAGCCGCUCUGGAUGCUGUCCCUGAUCAAUCUGCUUUCGACGCCCUUUCUCAGCAACUUGAGAUAACAAAGGCAGAACUUGACGAGAUUAAGACAUCCAAGGAUGCCGAGAUCAAAAGGUUGCAGGAAUCGUUACAGGAAGCAGAGGAAUCUAAAUCUGGGCUCGAGUCCGAGGUUGCAAAGGAGAAGGCUUCAAAUCAGGAGCUUCUCGAGAGAGUUUCGGCCCUCGAGAUUGAGGUCUCGGAGGCCCAGAAGGAGGUGGUCGAAAAAACCGCAGCUGUUGAGAAAUCAGAUGAAGAGGUUAGGGGUCUCCGUGCGUCGAUGGAAGCUGAUUGCAAGUCGAUAGAGAAAAUUUACCAGAUAGAGCUUGAUGAGCUGAAGCGUGAAGCCAAGGGCUUGAAGGAUAAGCUUGGAUCCGAAAAGAAGGAAGUCGAAACUACUUUGGCUGCUCUCGAGAAGGUGAAGGACUUGGAGAUGGAAAAGAAGGCCUUGGAGGAAGAAAAUGCGACCCUAGUGGAUGGGAACGGGGCCCUCGGCAGAGAGAUGGAAACCCUUAAGGAGGAGCAGGAAGCCUCUAUGGCUUCCAUCACAUCUGAACUGGAGUCUUUGAAAGGAGAGCUCAGUAUACUGAAAGAGGAGAAGGAGACCGCCCUUCAGGCCAUGAAGGCAAAGGAGGCUGACCUCGAGAAAGCUAAUCACUUGGUAUCCUCGUUGGAAGCCGAUAGCACGGAAAAAUCUAACAGUUUGGAAACAACUACCAAAGAGAAGUCUGACUUUGAAGCCGAGAUAAAGCAACUCAAGGAACAGGUCGAGAGCUCUAAGGAGCUUAUCAAGAUCAAGGAAUCCGCAAUUGAGAUGGCUAUCAAGGGCUCGGAAGGAGCAGAGACGACUUUAAAGGAGCAAUUGGACGCCGCUAAAGCCCUCGUUAAGGAGAAGGAAACAGCGCUUAUAAAUUCCCAGAAGGAAUCGGCGGCCAAAAUGAAAGUAGUCGAGGCGCAGCUAGCUGAGCUGAAGCUACAAAUCAAAAACCAGGUGAGCACAGAAAAUGGGUCCUCUCGCGGGGGAGAAGCCGGGGAGACUUCGGAAGUUAAGAAAAUACCUAUUAUAGGAAUUGUCAGCCACCCAAUCUCCUUCUGCUAAUGUGAGUUGCUAAGGAAACUAUGCUUCCUCUCACAACUAUAUAUGAAUGAUCACCGAGGCUAAGAAUUGUGAUACUAAAGGUAGCUGCGCUUAAGACCCAACUCGGUCAACUACAAGCCGAUAACGAGGAAAUUACACGGGAAAAUACUAGGUGUGUAUACCACUCGCGACCCCACACAUUGUGCCUUUUUUGUGAAUCUUUUGCGUAUUGAUGUGCGGGUACGUUUGGAUUUUUUUAUGUUCUUUGGCCGGGCUAAUUUCUCAUGUGAUCCUCCACAAAAUGUUAGGAUGUUGAAAAUGAUUGAAAGCCUACCGCUCGGGUCGACUUCUGAUCAAGGUUGACAUGGUUUGCCCACUCUAUCCCUUCGUACUCUUGUCCUACGCUCCGGCCUACAGAGGGAGACACGAUAGCCUCGAAAUUCUUUCUCGUUUUUUCUUCCUUUCAAUGGGGAGCGAUACAUCGGAUUUAACUUUAUUCCUUUUGUUUAUUACUUUUUUUGUAGUGCUUACUUACAUUUCCCGACGAAACUACUAUCAAGUCGGUUGGAUGGACGGAUGCAUGCAUGGAUUUAUUUCCUGCGGGGGGGGGGUGGGUAUUUUUCUUUGGGGGUUUAAUUGGCUUUUAUACCGUACCAUUUUUCAAUCUUUCCUCCAGGUUGUGGGAAUUGUGUAAUUAUGAUACCAAGGCAAAGCAGGGGUAGAGAUGUUUUCCUUUUUUUCCUUUCGCGUCGUAUUCCCCAAGCGGCCCAGCCAGUCAUGAAGUAGUCCUAGUCAUGUUGCGGUACGGUAACGAAGAAGUUUUCUCCUUUUCCCUGUUGGCCCGAUAGAGUUGCAUAAGCGUAAGUUUGUUAAUUUGAAU